AUGAAGGGGCGCUACGAGGCGGCGCAGGAGGAAACCCUGCGCUACGGCAUGCGCUCUGCGGCGCUGGACGGCGCUUUCCUGUCCCUCAACUCGUCCCUUGCCACAGGCUCCAUCAUGGUGGUCCUGUGGUUUGGGGCGCGCCUGGUGCUCGACGGCCGAAUGACGGCGGGGCGCCUCUCUGCAUUUGUGGUGUAUGCGGUGUUCGUGGCUGCCAACGCCGGCUCCCUCAUGGCCGUCUUUUCCCAAGUGAUGCAGGCCCUGGGCGCCAGCGAGCGCGUGUUCCAGCUGCUGGACAGACGGCCCCAGAUGGACACGAGCGGGGAGCUGCGGCCCCUGGGGCCUAUCGAAGGUGGAGAGCUGCGGUUCGAGGGCGUGUGGUUCGCCUACCCCUCCCGGCCGUCCACCUGGGUCCUGAGAGGGGUAGACCUGCACGUCGCACCCGGCAAGAAGGUCGCCCUGGUGGGCCCCAGCGGCGGCGGCAAGAGCACCAUCGUGGCGCUGAUCGAGCGCUUCUACGACCCUUUGAAGGGCGCGGUGACGCUCAACGGCGCCCCUUUGACCGCCAUUGACCACGCGUUCCUGCACCAGCAGAUUGCGCUGGUCAGCCAGGAGCCGGUGCUGUUUGCUGAGUCAAUCUUCGACAACAUUGCCUUUGGCUGCGCGGAGCCACCCACCAUGGCUCAGGUCGUCGCGGCGGCGCGCGUGGCCAACGCGCACGACUUUGUUAGAGCGUUCCCCCAGGGCUACAUGACUGUGGUGGGGGAGCGCGGCGUGCGGCUGUCUGGCGGCCAGAAGCAGCGCGUGGCGAUAGCCCGGGCCGUCAUCAUGAACCCGAGGCUGCUGCUGCUGGACGAGGCCACCAGCGCUCUGGACGCCGAGAGCGAGCACCUGGUGCAGGAGGCCUUGGAGCGGGUGGCAAGCGGCCGCACGGUCGUCGUCAUCGCGCACCGCCUGUCGACCGUCACGACGUCCGACGAGGUGGUGGUCAUUCAGGACGGACUGGUCGUGGAGAGGGGCACCCACGACGCGCUGCUCGCGUCCGGCGGCGCGUUCGCAGCCCUGGUCCGGCGCCAGCUGCUCGGCGGCGGUGGCGGCGGCAUGCCCGCGGCGGCGGCGGCGGACGGCAGCACUGGCAGCGGCGAUGCGGCGGGCGGCGGCGGCGGCGCCAUGGACGGCGAAGUGCGGGAGGCCCCGGGGCCGGGCAGGCUCGACGAGCUCAAUUGA